GUUGCAAUUGACUGAGACAGAUUGACAUUGAUGUGCAAGGACAGUGCCGCCGUGACGGAGAAAGUUUGGACCUUCCGUCCGGAUGGGGAACAGCGCUCUCAAGUCCCACCUGGAGACUUCCCAGAAGACGGGAGUAUUCCAGCUCACUGGAAAAGGACUUCCGGAGUUUCCCGAGGAACUGCAGCGGCUUACGGCAAACCUCCGAACCGUGGACCUGUCUGACAACAAGUUGGAGUCGCUUCCUCCUUCCAUUGGAAACUAUGCGCAGCUCCGGAGUUUGACCCUCAACGCCAACAGGCUGGGCGGACUCCCCGACGAGAUCGGGAAGCUGAAGAAACUGGAGACUCUUAGUCUGAGUUCCAACCGGAUCCAGCAUCUCCCGCCCACCAUGGACCAGCUCAAGGCCCUGCGGACCCUCAUCCUGGCUGGGAACCGCAUCUCGGAGUUCCCUACCGGACUCGGAGGCCUGAGACACCUGGAUCUGCUGGACUUGUCCCGCAACCAGAUUCAGAGCGUGCCGCCAGAGGUGUCAGAGUUACAAGUCAUUGAGAUCAACCUCAACCAGAACCAGGUACCAAACAAUUAGCCCGGUCCAAAAAGAACCCCAACCCAUUACCAAAUCAUAAGAUCGACCCGGCAAGAGCCGCAACCCGAUAACAUACGACAAACCCGAUUCCAAUCACGUCGGGAUGUCGCGCAUUUGAGGGCUGCAACAGGUUCCCCCAAAAAACUGGAGCAGGGUCUUGUUUCCCACUUUGUGAUAUCACCUUUUCUUUGAGCAGCGUUUCGGAAGGGAGGAGACAAACCGCUGAAGCUUUGCGGGUGGUCUUCGUUCCCAUUCUGGCUUGAUCUUCAUCCCUGCAACAGUCCGGGCUCUCGUAUGUGACGCUUUGUAAU